GAAGAAGAAAAAAGGGCGCAUCGGAGGCUGAAUCCAAAAUCGCUUCUUAUCGGACUACAUAGUGAGUGGUCCACUACAUUCCAAGUACCCUAUGUAGUGCACUUGCAUAGGGAAUAUGUAACAAUUUGGAACUAAUCUUGACACCUCGCUGCUAAUGGAUUAGCAAGCGUUCCUUCCUUUAGCUUAGCCUAGUUAAAAAAAAAACCUUCCGGAUGAACACAGAGCUGUACGGUGUUUAUUGUUUAGGUAAAUAUGUCGUAAAUGUUUCCAACUAGCCAUGUUUGCAUUUUUUCGCUCUGUUUGUAAAUAAAGGAGGUUCGGAAGCUCGCGGAGAAGAUAAGAAGAAACGGUUGGAGUGUUAAACCUGAGCAUAUCAUAUGUGUCACCUGGAGGGUUGCGACAAUGGCAGAUGACAAAGAUGUACUUCGAGACGUGUGGUUCGGCCGGAUACCGGCGUGCUUCAUGCUUUAUCCAGAUGAAGUCACGGAGAGAGAAGCAGAACCGUUUUAUCUCCUCCUUCCGAGGAUCAGUUAUCUGACGCUAGUGACCGACAAGGUCAAGAAGCACUUUCUGAAAGUCCUAAAAGCCGAAGACGUAGAGGAAAUGUGGUUUGAAUACGAAGGCACACCUCUGAAAUGGCACUAUCCAAUCGGAGUAUUGUUCGAUCUCCAUGCUUCAAAUACUGCUCUCCCUUGGAGUAUCACUGUACACUUUAAGCAUUUUCCUGAUCGAGACUUGCUCCGCUGCUCCUCGAGCGUCGUGAUAGAAGCCCAUUUUAUGUCCACCGUUAAAGAAGCAGACGCAUUCAAGCACAAGAGCCAGGUCAUCAACGACAUGCAGAAGAAAGAUCACAAGCAGCUGUGGAUGGGCCUGCAGAACGAUAAAUUUGACCAGUUCUGGGCCAUAAAUCGCAAACUGAUGGAAUAUCCAACUGAGGAGGGCGGCUUUCGAUAUAUUCCUUUCAGGAUAUACCAGACGCUGAGCGACAGGCCGUUCAUUCAGAAGCCGUUCCGGCCCGUUUCUUCAGAAGGCCACGCCCACACCUUGGGAGAUCUGCUCAAAGAGAUGUGCCCUGCUGCCGUAUGCCAGGAUGAUGAUCCAAAGAAAUACCAAGUGGUGAUUCACGGCAUUGAGCCGCUGUUCGAGACGCCCAUCCAGUGGCUCAGCGAGCACCUGAGCUAUCCAGACAACUUCCUUCACAUCUGCAUCAUCCCGGCACCAAACGACUGAACUGCCCAGGUGGCCCGAGAACGACUCUGCUGCUCCAGUCAUCCAGGAGGGACCCUUCCAGAAGUGUAUUCACUUUCUCAAACUUCCUGCAUUCACAUUUGACUACUUGGCCUGCCACGCCCACUGCUCCGAGAUUUGGUGGAAUGGAAAUAUCGUUCCUUUCUUAUGCAUGCCAUAGGGAUGUAAAUAACACCUUUUUCUGUCUCUAUAUCCGAGUAUUACCUUUUUAUGUAACAAAUUAGCCUACUAGUUCAGAUGAGAUUCAAAUAUUUUCUCCACACUGUUUACUAAUCUUUUUACAUCCCUGGUAUGCAUUUCUCUCUCUCUCUCUCUCUCUCUCUCUCUCUCUCUCUCUCUCUCUCUCUCUCUCUCUCUCUCUCUCUGAUGAGAUCUCUUUACAUGUUGCCUUAGAACUCACUCAUCUUCACACCGGCAUGAUGAGGCACACUCCUGAUUUUGUCCCGGUUUUGCUGAGUGAUUGGUAUCCCUGGGUCAAAAAGGCCAGAGCUUAAGUUUUGAUCAGCCAGUCGCUGUUUCGACAGCUCACUAUGGUGCUCUGAAUACAAUAACGAUUUCAACAUUAAACCUAACACUGUACUAAUGUUAAGGUCUAACAUUAAGUAGCUAGGCUUGCUUUUAUAAUGUGUAAAAAAAAAAAAAAAAACACUAAUAGCAAAGUUUACUAGAAUGUAAACCAGCAUUAAGGGACAAAUGAUGCAUUUAUUUGUUUAUCUAGCCUACCAGGCAAGUGAAAGCUCCGAUGUCCUUGCCCAGUCCCAUGUAUUUGUUUAAUAGAAACCAAACAGUUAGCUAGUCAUGUGCAGCAACACGAACUUGACAAGAAGUCACUAUGUCGUUGGUAAUAUUUUGGAUACGAGAUGUGUGUUCAGUACUCGCAUCGCAAGUUUAAAUGUUAUUUGUGUUCGGCUCGAGUGUUCUUACUCGCGAGUUAACUGCGUGUUGUGCUAGCGAGACAAUUAUAUGAGCACUUUGUGCUGGAAUGUCAGCAGUGUUUCCACAUAACUGCACGCUGCUGAUUCAGAGACGAUUGUCCGUCAUCUGUGUACUCCACUUAAUUUGAAAGAAAUGUGAAACAUGCACUGUAGUUACCGCGUCGAGGUGCAUGAAGUCGAUUGCAUUUAAACGUGCUUAGGAAAACUUUUGUUUUGCCCAGUCAAAGUUUAACUUCUUUUUCAGGUUGUUGAAUCUACAUGCAACUAUUAAUAAAAAUCUGUUUGUCCCAGGUGCUCAGCUUACUCGUAUAUCCAUCCCAGUAUUAUAACGAUGCCAUAGGAUCAAGUUUAUGGUUGGAUGAUCAAGUAUACAUUAAGCUCCGCCCUCAUUUCCCCAGGGACACCCGUGAUUCUGCAGAAUGAGGGUACACAUCGGUGCACAUUUUUUCAGUAUUUACAGCAGCUGACUAACACGCUAAUUAUUCGUUUUGUAGCUUCUCUUGGAACUCGUUUAUUUAUCAGGAACCACUAAACCCAGAUUCCCUUGGGCGGUGGGGGAGGAUUAUGUCUGAGUAGAAAACUGUCAUUGCUCAGUUCCUAGUUGUAGGUUCAGUCCGGGAACUGGAAAUGUCAUUCAAACAGAUCAUUUCCGUAAAUAAUGAACUCAAAUUCCAACUGUUAUAACACCAUACAAAUAUAAAGACAUAGUAUGGGCAUUCUCAUGUUUUUUUUCUUCUCGUUUUUAUUUGUAUUUUUAUAUAUAUAUAUAUAUAUAUAUAUAUAUACAUAUAUAUAAAUAUAUAAAAAAAAAAAAACACGACAGCCAGUUCUUCAUCUGUUGCAGUUAACUCUGUAUGUACGAGAUGUAUCAUGAGGUGUAUGUAUCAUAAGAGAACUGCAGCAUAAUCUCCUGAUCGAAUGCUCAGUAAAGAUUUUAUCGAAUUUAACACAUUAUAGCUGAUCCAGCACAAUAUUUAAUCAACUCUGAUUAUACAGCCGCUAGACAGAACUGUUUAGGCUGGCAACAUUUGUUUGCGUUUAUUUCGUACGGACGGGACGUGACGGAGGAGGUUGGACAGUCGAGCAGACGAUUAGCAGCUGAGAAUGAUUAUUUGCUUAUAGGAAUAAGUGAGUGUACACUCUCAGACAGAUGGGGAGAGCGAAUACUCAAACCACACCAGGCCACUUCUCAGCAAACCGACUGGAAGACCUGGGGCUUCGAAGCUUUGAAAUGUGCACGUCGGGGGAUUUUAUUGUUUUGUAUUUUAAAUCGGACUCCAGAUGUGCGCGUUGAUUGAUUGUAAUCAAUCUACUGAAAUGUCGAUGCUGAAAUCUACACGUUCUUUCGGAACAAGUGUGAUCAAACGAAUUUUUCUGUCUUUCUUUCUUUUUAUCAUGCCAUGGCUUGCUUUUCUGUCUUUUGCUACUUAACUUGAAAAAAAAAAAUGCUUAAUAUAUAAUUAAAACAAUAUUUUGUAACUAA